GUUUCCACUCUCCUCUGUUAUCAAACUCUUAGCUUGUGGACCUUUCAAUCUCAGUUGCACCAUUUGGUUUCCAAAUGCCACAAGCUUAGCCAAAAAGUGAAGAAGAGAAAACAAUGACGACACCUCAACUUUUCUUUCUCUUCUGUUACAUUGCUUUCUCUCUUGUUUCGUCUGAAACAUUUCAAGAACAAGAGAUCUUGUUGGCUAUCAAGUCAGACCUGUUUGAUCCUUCUAACAAUCUCCAAGACUGGAAGAGACCCGAGAACGCUACCGGGUCCGUUCAUUGUCACUGGACCGGAGUUCACUGCGAUCAAAUUGGUUCCGUGGCUAAGCUUCUACUCCCCAACAUGAAUCUCAGUGGAAACAUCUCAGAUCAGAUUCAGAGCUUCCCUUCUCUGCAAGUUCUUGAUCUCAGCAACAAUGCGUUCGAGUGCUCUCUUCCUAAAUCUCUCUCUAACCUCACUUCCUUGAAAGUCAUCGACGUGAGUGUGAACAGCUUCUUUGGAACCUUCCCUUACGGUCUAGGAAUGGCCACUGGUCUUACACACGUCAACGCCUCCAGCAACAAUUUCUCUGGGUUUCUCCCUGAAGAUCUCGGCAACGCGACUACACUUGAGGUUUUGGACUUUCGUGGAGGUUACUUCGAAGGCUCCGUACCUUCUUCGUUCACGAAUCUCAAGAAGCUGACGUUUCUAGGUCUUUCUGGUAAUAACUUAAGCGGAAAGCUACCGAAGGUUAUCGGCGAGCUCUCUUCCUUAGAGACCAUCAUUCUCGGUUACAAUGGCUUCACAGGUCAGAUUCCAGAAGAGUUUGGGAAGCUGACGCAACUCCAAUACCUCGAUUUGGCUGUUGGGAACCUCACGGGCUCGAUUCCAUCUUCUUUGGGACAGCUGAAACAGCUUACAACGGUUUAUCUCUACCAGAACUGUCUCACAGGGAAGAUUCCUCGGGAAGUCGGUAACAUCACUUCUCUUGUGUUCCUUGAUCUGUCUGAUAACCAGAUCACAGGAGAGAUACCAACAGAAGUAGCCGAGUUGAAGAAUCUGCAGCUUCUGAAUCUGAUGAGGAAUCAACUCACGGGAACCAUUCCCUCAAAGAUCGCUGAGUUACCGAACCUCGAGGUUCUCGAGCUGUGGCAAAACUCUCUGACGGGUUCCUUACCGGUGGAUCUCGGCAAGAGUUCGCCGUUGAAAUGGCUAGAUGUCUCAUCAAACAAGCUAACAGGGGAUAUCCCAUCCGGACUGUGCUAUCACAGAAACCUCACAAAGCUCAUUCUCUUCAACAACUCGUUCUCAGGUCAGAUUCCAGAGGACAUCUUCUCGUGUCCGACUUUGGUUCGUGUCCGAAUCCAGAAGAAUCUCAUUUCAGGACCAAUACCAGCCGGCUCAGGUGACUUGCCAAUGCUUCAACAUCUAGAGCUAGCCAAAAACAACCUCACCGGUCAAGUUCCAGACGACAUAACAUCCUCCAAAUCACUCUCCUUCAUAGACAUAUCCUUUAACCAUCUCUCAUCCCUACCUUAUUCAAUUUUCUCAAGUCCCAAUCUCCAGACUUUCAUCGCCUCGCAUAACAGCUUCGCCGGAAACAUACCCAACCAGAUUCAGGAUCGUCCGUCUCUGUCCGUCCUCGACCUCUCCUUCAACCGUUUUUCAGGCCAAAUCCCAGAGAGAAUCGCUUCCUUAGAGAAACUCGUGAGCCUAAAUCUCAAGAGCAACCAAUUGGUCGGAGAGAUCCCUCAGGCACUAGCCGGGAUGCACAUGUUAGCUAUCCUCGACCUCUCAAACAACUCUCUAACCGGGAACAUACCGCAGAACUUGGGAGCCUCCCCAACGCUCGAGAUGCUGAACGUGUCAUUCAACAAACUCACAGGACCUGUCCCCUCAAACAAUCUGUUUGCAGCCAUAAACCAAAACGACCUCGUCGGAAACCAAGGCUUGUGCGGCGGAGUUCUACCCCCUUGCUCAAAGAGCCUAGCUUUGUCAGCAAGAGAGAGAACCCCUAGAAUCCACAUGCAUCACGCAGUCUUCGGGUUCAUCGUCGGAACAGCAGUCAUCGUCUCUCUCGGAAUGAUAUUCUUGGCGGGGAGAUGGGUGUACAGAAGAUGGGAUCUCUACAGCAACUUCGCCAGAGAGUACCUCUUCUGCAAACAGCCUCGAGAGGAGUGGCCGUGGAGACUAGUGGCUUUCCAGAGACUCUGCUUCACAGCAGGAGACGUCUUAACACACAUCAAAGAAUCAAACAUCAUCGGAAUGGGAGCCAUGGGGAUAGUCUACAAAGCAGAAGUCAUGAGACGGCCGUUACUAACGGUAGCCGUUAAAAAACUCUGGAAGUCACCGUCACCACAAACCGACAUCGAAGACCACCAUCACCAUCAUCAUCACAGUCAAGACGAAGAACAAGAGGACGACAUACUAAAAGAAGUAAACCUCCUAGGUAAUCUCAGACACCGAAACAUUGUUAAAAUCCUCGGCUACAUACACAACGAGAGAGAAGUGAUGAUGGUGUACGAGUACAUGCCUAACGGCAACUUAGGCACGGCGUUACAUUCGAAAGAUAAUAAAUUCUUGUUGAGAGAUUGGUUAUCGCGUUACAACGUGGCGGUUGGAGUCGUUCAGGGACUCAACUACCUACACAACGACUGUUAUCCACCGAUCAUCCACAGAGACAUUAAAUCGAACAACAUAUUGUUAGACUCGAACCUCGAGGCGAGGAUCGCCGAUUUCGGAUUGGCGAAGACGAUGCUCCGCAAGAACGAGACGGUAUCCAUGGUGGCGGGAUCGUACGGGUACAUAGCUCCGGAGUACGGUUACGCGCUCACGAUCGACGAGAGGAGCGAUGUGUACAGCCUCGGCGUGGUGAUGCUCGAGCUGGUGACGGGGAAGAUGCCGGUUGGCGAUCCUUCGUUCGCGGAGGAGGAGGAGUCGAUCGAUGUUGUGGAGUGGAUAAGGAGGAAGGUGAAGAGGAGCGAGAGUUUGGAGGGAGUGCUGGAUCCGAGCGUGGCGGGUGAGUGUGGGCAUGUGAUCGAGGAGAUGCUUCUGGCGCUGAGGAUCGCGCUUCUGUGUACUGCGAAGCUCCCGAAGGAUAGGCCGUCGAUUAGGGACGUGAUGACGAUGCUCGCGGAGGCGAGACCAAGGCGGAAGAGUGUGAGUCACGGUGGAGAUCUGCCGGUUUUUAGAAACUCGCCGGUGGUUGGGUUGAUUUAGGGAAGACGGAGGCGGGAAGGGUGUUUUUGUAAAUUUUGAUGACGUGGAGUCCAUUGCAUUUUGAUUGGUAUCUUUUGUUUAAUGGACCUAAGGCCACAUGUUUUCGAAAACUGAUGGGCUCGUUGAACCCAAUGUGUCAUCAUCAUUCGAAAUUGUAUUUACUGAGGAAAAUCAGAUUAAUAAACUAAAAGUUGUAAAUAAUACGAACAAAC